AUGCCUCCUCUCAUUUCGUUUUUCUAUAGUAUACUCCUCCUCUUUAGUAUCGUCCACGCCAUCCCCAUCAAGGAUGCAGUCGACGUCGAAGUUAGCGACGGCGUUCUCAAGCCCCGCGCUGCACCAGAUAACUUCUGGCUCACUCAGAUGACCCACGGUUCCAGUCCGUAUGCUCCAGCUAACUAUCCUAUUUUUCGGAAUGUAAAAGAUUAUGGCGCUGUUGGUGAUGGAGUUACAGAUGACACAGAUGCUAUCAAUGCCGCUGCAUCAGCCGGUGGUAGAUGCGCAGGUGACUGUGGAUCUUCCAGCGUUCUUGGUGCGGUUGUAUAUUUCCCCACCGGGACGUAUAAGAUUUCCAAGCCAAUUUUUCAGCAUUAUUAUACACAGUUUGUUGGAAAUAAAUUUUCUCCGAAUCUCAAGCCCAAUGCCCGCCCUACCCUCGUAGCUACCGCAAAUUUUAAAGGAAUAGCCCUCAUCGACAGUGAUUUUUACAUCCCUGGUGGAGACGGCGCUCAGUGGUAUAUCAACCAAAGCAAUUUCUUUCGACAAAUAAGAAAUUUGAUUUUAGACAUCAGAGCCAUGCCGCCAAUGAUCAGGGAUGGGGAUAGUGCUUGGAUGCCUACUGCCUUGCACUGGCAGGUUGCGCAGGCUACUAGUUUACAGAAUAUACAUUUUAUCAUGUCGACUGAUCCGGGGAACAAUCAGACCGGUAUAUUUAUGGAGAACGGGAGUGGAGGGUUUAUUGGUGAUUUGACGUUUUAUGGAGGUCAGUUUGGUAUGAGAUGUGGAGCUCAACAAUUCACCGCACGUGACCUCCACUUCACAUCAUGUAUCACCGCAAUUCAAAUGAUCUGGGACUGGACCUGGACCUGGAAAAACAUCUUCAUCUACUCCUGCUGGGUAGGAAUCGACGUCACCGGCGACGGCAGCUCGAACGGUCAACCCGUCGGAUCAAUCACGGUUCUUGAUUCUUCAUUCGCAUAUGUUCCAAUUGCUAUAUUAACAUCCGGCCGGACGAAUAUAAAUAUCGAUAAUGUGGAAAUUAUCAAUUGUGAUAUCGUAGUGGGUAAACCUGGUGGGCCUACUAUUUUGGCCGGUGGGAAUAGGAUUGUUCAGAGUUGGAUGACCGGCCGUCUUUAUGAUGCUUACGACUCUAAAGGUGCUACUUUCACUGGAGUCCCCAAAUAUGUUCCCUCAAAACCCGCAGGUCUCCUAGAUUCCACUGGUAAAUUCUUCAUCCGUUCAAAACCCCAAUAUGAAACCUUAUCCGCAUCUUCCUUCCUCAACGUAAGAUCAGCUGGUGCCCAAGGAAACGGUCAAGCAGAUGACACAGCAGCCAUAAACACCGCAUUACAAAGCGGUAAAAUCGUCUUCUUCCCAGCCGGAGUCUACAAAGUCACGGGUACGAUCAACGUCCCCGUCGGUGCCAGAAUAGUAGGAGAAUCAUGGUCACAGAUAAUGGGUACCGGUUCCUACUUUGCAGAUGCGGAUAAUCCAAAGGUUAUGAUUAAAGUUGGAAACCCCGGUGACUCCGGUGUGAUUGAGAUUCAGGAUAUGAUAUUUACUACUUCUGGACCGACUGCGGGGGCGAUUAUCAUUCAGUGGAAUGUAAAGCAAAGCACUCAGGGUUCUGCGGCGAUGUGGGAUUCUCAUAUCAGGAUUGGAGGGGCGGCGGGGACGAAUCUUAGAGCUACGGAUUGCCCGAAGUUGACGGGAUCGAUUAAUAUGGAUUGUAGGGCGGCGAGUAUGUUGUUGCAUAUUACAAAACAGUCGUCUGCUUAUUUAGAAAAUGUAUGGGCAUGGGUAGCAGACCACGAUGUGGACAUUUUAGACCAAACACAGAUCGAUAUCUACGUUGCUCGUGGAGUAUUGGUCGAAUCCAAAGCUCCAACUUGGUUAUGGGGCACAGCAUCCGAACAUUCAACGCUAUACCAAUACCAACUCUCCGGCGCCUCAAACGUCUUCAUGGGAUUAGUACAAACCGAAAGUCCUUAUUACCAACCAAGUCCCCUCGGUCCUCUUCCCUGGAGUAUCUCCGACGGAGCAGAUGCACAAUUCAUCGACGACCCAACGUUCACAGAUUGUAUCUCUGUGGAGACGGAUAUAGAUAGAUGCGCCGUAUCAUGGGCUCUUCGUAUCCUUGAUUCGAGCGAUAUUUACGCCUAUGGCAUAGGGUUUUAUAGUUGGUUCCAAGACUACAGUCAAGCAUGUGUGCCUCUUGAAAACUGCCAAACAAGACUUAUCCAAACCGCCUUUUCCGAAAAGGUAUUUUUAUACGGUAUCGCCACUAAGGGAACACAGGAAGUCGUAUCCCCAACCGGUUCAAACCUCGUCGCAGCAAUUCAACAAGACAAUCAGAACGGUUAUACAACUUCCAUAGCAGCUUGGAUACCCCUCGCACAACCUGGUUCCGCAGCACUGGGUAAGAAACGUAUACCAGGUACCGAAUGGAUCUACAGCCAAACCGGUGCCGGUGGAGUCAGGCAGUUCGAUACUUGGUCCGCCUUUGGUGAUUCAUACUCCGCAGGUCCAGGAGCUGGGAAAUAUACAAAAGAGUAUAUCUAUAAAUCUCGUAUAGGCGGCCAACUCAAAGACUGCAUGAUAUAUAACGAAAACUACCCCUACCAGCUGUACAAGAGCCCCUCCCCAGGGCAUCGAGACGUUCUAAAAAAAGGAUACUUCUUAAUGAAUAGCUGUACCGGAGCUCGUAACAAAGCCCCCCCACUGAGCCAAGGCGACCCGGUCACCAUGCUCGAACAAUUAAAAUACCUUCGUGGGGACGAAGAUUUCAUCACCCUCUCCAUUGGCGGUAACGACAUAAACUUCGCAGACAUGGCAGACGCCUGCGUCUUCGGGUUUCGUCCAAAAAAUAACGGAAAAUGUGAACAUCUCCAAACACUUGCCGAACAGGCGUUACUCCCAGAGGCGCACGGCGAAAUACGCAGCCUCCUACGACAAACUUACAUUUGGCUGAUAGACGCAUACUACAAUAACGGCGUUUAUAAUAACCUCCAGGGUCGAAAAACCCAUUUCACCAUAUUUGUCACAAAUUACAUGCAACUUUUCAGAGUCAGCCCGCCAGCCGGUGGAACCACAAACUGUGACAACAUAAAUUUUAAAUACAAAUCGGUUCCAGGGCAAGUCGAUCAAAACCCGGAUAGUAACCCGCCGUUGAUGGACCACGACAAAAGAUUGUUCUGGUCUAGAAUAGUAGGAUACCUUAACAAUGUAAUUCAGGGUGCAAUCAGCGACGUCAACAGUAAGGGAAGCUACUACGCAAAUCGAAUCGUAUAUGUCGAUGUAGACGCCGAAUACGAGAACCACAGAUUUUGCGAAGCUGGUGUAUCGGAACCGGCAUAUUUUUUCACCAAAUCAGACUUCUACCUCCCGGCAUUAAUAUCCAUUCUCAAUCCCUUGAAGAACAAAAGGGAUCUCAACAAUACCGACGGAAUAGACAGCGAAUACAACAUCACCUCCUCCUUACAAAAUUUCAAACGUGACACCGAAGUCGCAGGAGAAAUCGAUGUCCCAUCCUGGGUUGACGAAGAACAAUUAUUAAGGUCUGCGAAUAGUAUAUUAGGAUCUCCGAAUGCGGCACAGGAUAUCAUCGAUGCUGUAGCAAAUGCAAACCCGACGUUUAACAAACGAACUAUGUACGAUGAUCUAGUAAGGUUUGCGGUUGGAUUGGUAAGAACUGCACACCCGACUCCUGCGGGAUUCAAAAGUGCGAAAUGGGCCCUUUGUAAGGCUAUUUGUGAUAGAUUUCCAAAUACGAUGAAUUGUCCGAGGAAUACUGCGAAUUGCGCAUAA